AUGGCUUUCGAAGCUCAGUUUGCCGAGAUUGAGCAGAACUCCUGCCACCUUCUGAGCUGCUGCUGUGUCGGCAUCUCCUGCACAGCAUGCAGUGAUCCUUGCUGUAUGGAUAAGCACAAGUUGUGUUGCUGCGCAGGAGGAACCACGUCCGGAGAGGACUGCAUUGGCGAGAAGGGCUGUUGGACAGGCUUCGGAAAGACUUGCUGCUGGAUUCACGCAUGCUCCACCAACAACAUGGCGCUGGGCUGCUGCAACACCUUUUUCAUGGGGCGACCCUACGGUGGCGAGGGACGACCGGUAGAAGAUGGUGAGGCAGCGUUCAUGCAAGAUGCCAACUGGUGCUGUUACCUGCUCUUCGCGGGAUGGGCAUGCGGUCCUCCGAUGCCCUACUGCUUCAGCAACUCGAAGAUCUUCUGCUUGGAGGAGAAACACACCCGAGCGCCGUGCUGGAGUGAAGAGGGCAUCUGGCACCACUACGGGAAGGCCGGCUGUGUAGUCGUCCGCGGCCAGUUGCCGCCCACGCGCCGCAUUGGUCUCGGCCUUUGCGGCUGCGCCGUGUGCAAGAAAGAGCCUUCCCAGGCUCGCGCAAGCCUCGUCACUCCCGGCCAGCAGCGGAUGUGA